AUGCAGUCUAUUAGAUUCACAAGUCACCCCAAGCUCGUGUCUUCUUCCACAAAUGUUGUGGUGAGGCAGAUGUCCCUACCCUCGAGCUUCUCAAAUGGAUUCAGACUCGCUGGGCCUCCCUAUUCAACAUGUUGGAGUGAAUGUUGCGCUUACAAAAGGUUCAUUCAACUCACAGAUGACAGUGAUGAGGUUCUGAAACUGCACGGUAAAUCCUAUUCAGACUUCAAGCUCUCAGGUCAAGAGUGGUCAAAGUUGGAGCUCAUGCGAGACAUACUCCAGGAGCCUGCUAAUGCUCAGCAGAGCUUCUUGGCAACUUGUCAGCCCACUGUAUGGUGUACUAUUCCGAUUCUUGAGUUCCUUCAAGAGACUUGGGAAAAUAUGGCCCAGGCUUUGAAGUUCAAUGGUGUCGCAAAUGCCAUUCUCUUGGGUCUCAAAAACAUCUGCAAGUGGUAUCAUAAAACUGACGACACGGACAUGUACUUUGUCUGUCUCACUUUGGAUCCUAACUACAAACUAGCAUACACAAAAGACAAAUGGGAUACACAGUACUUUGAGGAUGGGAUGGCCCACCUUGAAAACCUAUGCGCUCAGCAAAUUAGGAGGGGCAUAAGUAGUAUCAAUGGGGUUGAGCCCAAGAGGAAAGCCAUAUCUGAUUUUGUCAGGGAGCUGCAGAUAUUGAUCAAGAAGAUUAGCACUUCAAAGAAAAAGUUUCGAGUUGAUCAGCUGCAGUAA